AUGGAGUCGUUCCUGUCAAUGCUGCUAGUUUCCUUCAUGACUGGCGUUGCAUUUGUCAAAUUUGCACGCCCCCACCCCACCAUUGCAUUCAGCAACGUGUUUACCGUCUCGCGUGGUGAGAGUGGCCUAGAGAUGCGCUUUCGCGUUGCCAACGAGACUCACCGUGACCUUGCGAGCAAGGGUGACAUUAUCGAUGUUGGUUUCAAGCUGAUUCUAAUGCGCAUUGAGACUGGACAGCAUGGAGAGAAGAGACUUUGUUACUACGACUUGAAGCUGAAUAUAGCACGCAUCAUUUCGCUAAGACUGGAAAUUGAGCUGAUCCACACUAUCGAUACCACCAGCCCUUUUAUCGACCAGACCUCGGACGACGUUGAGCGCUCGGAUUUCGUCCUGAUCCUUCUGGCCGAUGAGGUGGAGUGCCAAGUUUCUUCCCAUGCUUGA